AUGUCGACGAAACAGCAGAAGGUGGUUCCAAAAAUGGAGAUCAACUCUCGAAAGUUAACGUCCGUUAUUUCGCAGCUCGUCGAAGCCGUAAAGGCAGGAAACCUGAAGGCACUCGAUGAACUCGCCGACAUCAUGGAAAAACGGACAUACACCGUCUCCAUCAUCGAGGCUGUCCUUACUCAUCUGCGCAAAGAGAAUAUCCCUCCCAAAGGGGACGACGAAACUUUUCGUGCCAUGCCCAUGGACUCGCUCUUCGCCUGUUUCCUCUCCUGUCUCAUCAUGUGCGACCGAACCACGACCCACAAGAACGAGACCGUGAAACGAAUUAUCGGUCAGAUAGAGGGUAUCCUGGGCUGGAUCAGUUGUUUCUUGAAAUUCGCUAUCCGUACCUUUACGAUGAGCGACCUGGCACCGACCCUUAGCUCGACUUCGUACACCGUAUUGAGGUUGUUAAGUCUAGACGGGGACCUUACGGACGCAGUACUUCGCUCACCAUCGACAGCCGAAGCUCUUCUUGACCACCUAUCUGCGCCUCUCUACGAUAUCAGGGGGAAACCACUAUAUGUCUUGGAGGACGACGACGACCGCUCACGCGUCGACCCCACCCUUGCUCUGCUCCAAGAAUAUCCACGUAACCCGGCAGGUUGGUCAAUACUAACGAGCCGAAUCCUCGCCUCGCGCUUUACGACUAUGCGAUUCUGCGAGGGUUAUCUCGGGCGAAUGGAACGCCUCCCCAAACUUGGCGCGCUGGGUCUGCACCCCAACACCCUCGCGCAGGAUUUUGGGGCGCUGUACUACACCCUCGGGCAAUUCAUCUCAACGCCGAAGAUCCACCAGGAAUUCAGACGUCAACGGAUUCUCACUCGAUGGGUCCGAACUGUCCUCGACCUCGAGAUGUACUUCAUGCCCGAGCACACCUUCCUCUUCCUCUCCCACAUCUUCCGGGCGUCGUACCAGCCGGGGUCGAAUCCCGUCAAAGGCUUUGAGGAAGUCCUCGAGGCUGGGAUCUUUUACCCGCUGAUGAGUGCAAUGACGAAGCCAACCUCGCACCGACAGGACUACAGGAAGGUUGUAGAUUGUAUCGCACAGGCUCUCCUUGCGUUCGGAUAUCAUCCGCGGACUGCUAAGCGGCUGCGGCGCGAUUUCGAGGAGCAUAUCUCGCUCUGGAGACGACAAUGUCCCCCUCUUAUGGACCCGGGGCAGUGGAAGGAACUCCUCUAG